AAGCUUUUCGCCGCCGGGUUCCCACUAAUGAGCGGACCUGUUUGCCCCGCAGUAAGAUGGCGGCCGAGGGAGACUUCCUGCUUCGAUACCGAGCGGUUUCCAACAAAUUGAAAAGGCGCUUUCUCCGUAAACCAAACGUGGCGGAAGCAAGUGAGCAGUUUGGGCAGCUGGCCAAGGAGCUGAAACAGGAGGAGUGCCUACAGUACGCAGGCUUCUGUAACCUGGCCGUGGCAAGGUGUGAGCAGACACUGUUCAACGCCCCCGGGGAAGCCCUGGCCCUGACUGAUGCAGCCCGACUCUUUCUGCAGGCUGAGAAGGAGACUCAGAAACUCCAGUGCCCAGGCUUCGAGGAACAUUUGCAGGCCGCAACCAACUGCUACAGCUUUGCUAUAAAGGUUUAUAUUGAGUUGAACCAGCCAGUCAUGGCAGCAAGUCUGUGUUUAGAACUUGGAAAUGCAUUGAAGGAAAUGAAUAAACCGGCCGAAGCCUCUGUGCACUUUCAGCGAGCGGCUGAGCUGCAGUCUCAGGUUCCCAUUGAAUGUCUCCUUUCCCUGGGCAAAGUGGCAACCUGCAAAAUCAUAACCCGCGAUCAUGAUGGUGCAUUGGCUGUUUUCACAGAAAUGCAGCUUCUGGCUCAGGAGAAAGGAUUACAGGUGCCAGGUACCUGUACCCCUGUAGGUGUGUUUAUGGAUGUCAUUGCUAGGUGUGAGGUCUCUCGGGUUUUGCUGCUGAUGCUGCUCCAGCCUCCACCACAGAAGUUGCUGCUGGAGCAUGCGCAGACACUGGAGAAAUAUGACUGGGAAUCGUUCGACAGCCAUAGCCAAGUGAAUUACCUUCCUGAGAACAUCUUCCUGCUGCUGCAGUCGGUGGUGAUGGCCUGCCAGGAAAAGGAUCUCGAGUCCUUAAAAGUUCUCCAGGUGGAGCUCUGGCCACUGCUGACCCCUGAACAGAACCACCUGCUGCACCUGGUACUACAGGAGGUCCUGUCACCAUCAGGCCGAGGUGUCUAAGACCCAGCGAUCCCACCAAGAACUGUGUAACUAACCGUUGUAGAGAGAUAUCAAGUUGUAUUUGUAUUUUCCAGUGCUCCCUGACCCUCCUGCUAGGCAGCUACACUUCAGAGCUUAUUUAAUAAAGAUGGAAGUGAUGUGA